AGAGAUGAUUUUGUUUUUGUUUUUUUUUUUUGAUUCAAGAAUUUGAUUCUACCUUACCACUUUGAAAAUAAUGUUUUCGAAAUCAUUUUUGGAAUAUCAUCACCACCGCAUCAUGUCCUUCUGUAUGAUAAUUGUUUACGGUCUAAUCAUUGCGGUGGUUAUCGAUGGACAACCACCACCACCAUUAUCAUCUUCUGGUGAAAUCGAUGAUGUUUCAACAGCCAUACAACAAUGUUACGAUUCACCUGCCGAUUUAUUUCAAGUUUUUCCACAAUUAAAUAAUACAUUCAAGAUAAAAAUAAAAAAUAAAUGCCUUCAAUUACCUGAGCUGGAAAUCUAUCUUUACAUAUUUGAUUUAUCAAUUGUUGAUCAAAUUUUCGCCAAAGAAAUUGAUCAAUUAGAUUCGACGAAAGUAAAUUCCAUAAAAAUUAAUCGUCCAACAAUGAUAUUUGGUCGUCAGGAAUUGACAAAUUUUCAACAACCAUUGGCACGUUUUAAAUUUGGUAUUGUAUUUUUUGAUCAUACUGGUGUUGUACAUAAAGCAUUACAUCCAAAAGUAUUUUAUUUCCACACAAAUCAAUCAUCAUCAUCAACGAUUGAAAUUUUAUUGAUAAUCAUAUUGGGUAUUUUAUUACUUAUAACUUGUAUUUUGUUGGCAAUGUUGAUUUACAUAAAUUAUUGUGGAAAUCGUCGACAAAAAGCCAAUGGAAUAUUUUUCUGGCGUAAAUUGCCGAAUAGAACAACGAUGAAAGCACAUUUACUGAAUAAUAAUAAUAAUGACCAGGAAAAUCCAUCCGAAGCGAUAAUUUUCGAACCAAAAUCCAAUAUAAUCUAUGUGGAUAAAAUUAUUAACCAGAUUCCGGAAUUAUUAAAUGAAGAAAGAAUCAGACAAGAAUAUGAUAGUGUACCAAAAUCUAAAAUGAAUAGCUGGAAUGAUGGCCGCUUACCGCAACAUAAAUCAAAAAAUCGUUAUGGUAAUCUUCUACCAUAUGAUCAUACCAGGGUUAUAUUGAAAGAAGAUUCGCCCGAAGAUACCAGUUAUAUAAAUGCAAAUUUUAUUGAUGGUUAUCGUCGUCCCAGACGUUAUAUUGCAUCACAAGGACCAAUCGAUACAACGAUUGAAGAUUUUUGGCGUUGUAUUUGGCAAUAUAAAUGUCAACAACUGGUAAUGUUAACGAAUUUGGAAGAAAGUGGCCGUAUGAAAUGUGAAAAAUAUUGGCCCGAUUCAAGUAGAUUUUAUGGCCGUAUUAAAGUUACCCUACAAACAACCGAAUUGUUUGCCGAUUAUGUUAUACGAACAUUUUUAUUGGAAAAAUUCACCAAUAAUAAUAAUGGUGAUUCCCAAUCGAUGAUUGUUAAUCAAUAUCAUUUCAUAUCAUGGCCUGAUCAUAAUGUACCAUUAUAUGUUUGUACGCUAAUCAGUUUUAUGAAUCGUAUACGUUCGGAUUUAUUUUAUAAACAAGCACCGCAUAUAAUUGUACAUUGUUCAGCCGGUAUAGGUCGUACCGGUGCAUUCAUCCUGAUUGAUUCAAUGCUAGAAAUGGCAUUGAAAGAAAAAAAAAUUGAUAUCCUUGGUCAUUUCUGUCGUAUGCGUAUGCAACGUAUUAAUAUGGUUGAAAAAUUUAGUCAAUAUUUAUUUGUUUAUCAUAUACUGAUUGAAGCAUUAUCACAUGAAUCAUCCGAUAUUUGUUGUCAGGAUUUUCAAAAUUAUUUUGAAUCAAUGACCAAAGGUAAUCAUAAUCAAAAUAAUCAUCGUAGUCAUCAUCGAGAGUCAAAAUGUCGCCUACGUAAACAAUUUGAAAUAUUAAAUAUUAUGUCGAAUCGUAAAUCAAAUCAAUCAACAACCGGUAAUCAAUCAUCAUCAUCGAAAUUUGGUCUAAUGAAUAGUAAAUUAAAUCGUCGUGAUGAUGUUAUUCCACCCGACAAUGCUCGGGUUAUACUACCGAAUCAUGAAGAUUAUAUCAAUGCUGUCUAUAUUAAUGGAUAUCGUAAAAAAGAUGCCUAUAUUGUAACACAGAUACCAUUCGAAAAUAAUCGACAACAAUUUUGGAAUAUGAUUGAAUAUUUAAAAUGUACAACAAUCGUAUUGUUGGGCAAUGUAUUUCAAGAUGAACAAAUUUAUUGGCCAACAAUAUUGAACAAGAAAUUUGAUUUUAAUAAUAAUGAAUUAUCAGUUACAUUGAUUCAGGAAGAAAUUCUAUCCAAUAAUACUUCAUCAUCAACAAUGAUUAUAAUGAGAACAUUUCAAAUACAUCCAAAUGAUUUAAUUGUUAGACAAUUUCAUUUGAAAAAUUUCAGUGUUGGUGAUGAUGGAACGACAAGUGGUUGUGGUGGUGGUGGUUGUUCAACAACAAAAAUUUUAUCAACGAAAACUUCAUCGACAAUACGAUCAUGUUAUGAAUUGAUUGAGCUUCGAGAGAAAUUGGAUCAAUAUUCAUCGAUAACAUCGUCGUCGUCGUCGGCGACAAGUUCACAUCCAUUAGUUGUACAAUGCAUUGAUGGUGUACAAUUUAGUGGACUAUUCUGUGCGGCUGAUUUUAUAUUCGAACGUAUUAAAGAAGAACAACAAAUUGAUGUAUUUUUGGCUGUACAAAAAAUUCGUGCUAAUCGUCCACAAUUUAUUAUUAAUUAUGAACAAUAUCUAUAUCUACAUCAAGUGGCAUUAGCCUAUUUACAAUCAUUCGAACAAUAUGCAAAUUUUAAAUGAAAACUUUCAAAUUCUGAUGUUUUUUUUCUGUUUUUAAAUUUUGUUCCUGGAUCAUCAUC